AUGUCAAACGCAUUGCCGUCGCGAGGACUCGUGAACGGUGAGAAUAACGAGCUCGGUGCUGCCGCUGCCGCUGCCACUGCUGCUCCCAGUGUCUUUCCUGGUCGUAGUGGUGGUGGUGAUGCCGUUGAUAUUGUUUUCAAUGGUUGUGGCAGUGGUGGUGGUGGUGGUGGUGGUGGUGGUGGUAGUGGUGGUGGUGGUGGUGGUGGUGGUGGAGCUGGAGGAGGUAAUGGUGGAAGGAGUAGUGGAGAAAGAGGAGAAGGAAGAGGAGGUAGUGGAGGAUAUGUCGUUACCGUUUCUACCGACGAGGGCGUCGUCGGCGUCGUGGAUUUACACGACGCGAAUUUGGAUCCACGAGCGACGCCGGUAAAUUUUCCUGAAAUACGUCCAUCGAGGGACGCGUCGUCACCGGUUCACGAUUGCUACGCCGAUGGCAACGCUGACGCCGCUCCUGAAUACCGCGAAGUGUGCUCUCUAACGAACGUCUCGACGUCGUUGGAGCUUGACGGUGGUAUCACGACGAACACUGUUACUGCUAUUGCUACUACUACCGCUACUACUACUACUACUACUACUACUACUACUACUACUGCUGCUGCUGCUACUGCUAUUGCUGCUGUUACUACUACCAUCAUCGCUACUGCUACUGUUACUAUCGAAACGAGUACAAUAGCAACGACGACGACGACGACGACGACGACGACGACGACGACGACGACGACAACGACGGCGCUGAGGGUCGCGACGUACGACAACGACAACAUGGUCGCGGCGAUGAACGAGCACUUGUCCACCUCGUCGGCGACGAGCGGUGCACGCACGAGUGCUUCGACAACUACAACGACAACUAGUAACGUCGCCACGAGUAACAACAAUAACAACAACAAUAACAACAAUAGUAGCUGUCCACGGAACGAAUUCCAGAGUAACGUUGACGAGGAGAGCAAAUCCGUCGCCGGGAUACUCAGUUUUCCUUGCGAUUUUGAUCACAUGUACGCCAGCAUGACCGACGGUGGGACGCCGGCCGCAGCAACGGCGACCUCCGCUCUCGGUGUAAGCCCGUUAAGGGGUAACGAGCCACGUCAGAACGAUCUCACCGAGGUCAAGCACCUUAAAGAAUUGUUAUUACUUCAUUUGGAUCUUAUUCAACAACAGUCAGAGCAAAUCGUCACAAAGGAUAAACUCCUCGCUGCCCUUCGACAGGAAAAUGAGACGCUCAAAUUGCGUUUGGAACGUAUGGACAGACGAGUAAAUUUGCAAAAGCUAAGAUCAGAAAGUAGUGAAAAUUCUAUUUUAUCUGAACAUAUAGGUGCAUGUUCUCCUCCCAGUUUAAACUCAGUGACUAUACCAUCAACCAGUGAUAUUCACAAAAGUAUUCAAUCUGAGUCUAGUAAUACGCAAUAUAAUGAAAGUUUUAAAAUACGCUUGAAUACCAGUGGUGGAAUUACUACGGUCAAACAAGAAUGUAAUGAUAAUCAAGGUAAGCAUGAGAAACAGGACAUUGGCAACGAAUCUAGACUAGAGUGGGAAGAAAAGAAAAAACGAAGAUCUGAUCCAACGCCAUUAUCUAGUGGCAUUAAAAGAAAAAGAGGAGUUUCUUGUUCAUCUACGAUCAGUAAUGACACAACUUCGACGAUACAGGAUAAACAAUUAAGUCAUGAAAAUAGCCGAAAAACGGAUAGAAAAGGAAAAUCUCUUGUAAGAAAGGAAUCGUUUUUAACGACAGAAGAACAUUAUUAUACAGCAGUCGGUGAUCCAAAUUAUACAUUAAGUUUGAAAGAAUCAUCCCCACCAGAUAUUAAUACUACGUUAGAAGUUCCAAAUUGGAGAGUUAAAGUAUAUACUAGCUGUUAUACAAUGGAAGGAACAGAGAAUCUUGAUGAUGAAAUUUUCAACAAAAGGCACUUAAAGUUAGAAAACGAUGAAAGAAGAAGGAAAAGAUGGGAUGUACAGAGGAUAAGAGAGCAAAGACAUAUAGAAAAGUUGAAACAAAGGCAAGAACGACAAAAUCAUCAAGCUACUUGUUAUAAUACAAAUCAUACUGGUCCAUGUCCAUCGACAAUGGAAGAGGAGGCUGUGACAUCUUUGUGGCCAGAUGUAGAACAGAUACAAAGCCUUCAAGUGGAUCAUCAGUUGCCAGUUACUGCAUUCGGCGCUCCUAUACCUAGUUUUACUCCAAGUGAAUUUUCCUUACCCUGGACUCACAUGGUUCGAACAAAAAGUCGAUGUCCUAAAAGGUCUACAGGAAGAAGAAAAACAUCUAGGAGAUAAACUUUAUUUUGGCAAAAUUUUUUUUUAUGCAUCAAUUUUAAACUCAUUAUUAAUAAUAUUGACUCCCCACCACAUUUUUUUACGUGUUAUAUUUUGCUAUAUAGAAUGGAGGCACCAAAGACAUUUUUAUUAUACUUUUUUUUUGUUUUUUUUUUGGUUUUGUUUUUCUUUUUUUUUCUUUUCCUUUUUUUUUUUUUUUAAUACAUAUACGAUAUACCGGAUUUUAGAUCAUAGAACUUUUUAUAUUCUUGGCGAUUCGGUGUUAACCGUGAUAAUUUCUAUAUAUUUUGAUUGUUAAAUUUUGUUAUAAUUGGUGCCGGUUGUUUUAUUUGUACUAAUGUACUGUUAAGUUUGAUAAAACGUUAAUUGUCGGUAAUGUUUAUUUCGCAUACCUGAAACUUGUCUAAAAUUGUACAAAGUGAUUACUGUACUAUUUAAAAUUACAUUUAUUUUUUGCCACUGAUUGUAUAAAGAUUAGAGUAAAAAAUGUACUAAGAAGAUAUAAUGUUAAGUAGUAUGUUAUAAAAUGAUAUUAUGUAGAACCAUAUCACAUAAUUGUGGAUUUUGUGUAGCUCCAAUCAAUCACAAUCUUCGGUUUUUUAUCUUGAAUUUCUUUUUCUUUUCAUUAUUUCAUUUAAUGACAAUUUUCUAUAGCUAUUAAAUGAUAUCAACCUGUUUUUUUUUAUAGUCACGAUAAGGAUGAAUCAUUUGAAGAAGUGAUUCAUCUGUUACCCUUAUACAUUAUUAUAUCAAAAUACGCGCAUUUGUGUAUUUAAUUAUCAUUGUUAUAAACAGAAAAUAUGUGAGAUAAAAAUAAAUAUGUAUACCAUUUUUGUACAAUUUAUCUGCUCAAUGAAUUUAAAUAAUGUCACACAAAAAUGUUAACUUUAUUCAAACAAUGUGUAAAUUAUAAAUCUGUCUUUUUGUGUUAGUAAUCACAUUCAUGCUAACUCGUGUACGUAAAAUUAUUAUAAUAAUAUGAGGAAUACUAUAUCAAAGUUAGGAGAAGUAUGAUUUUAAUUAUUAUUUAAUUUUAUCUAACGAUAAGGAGACAGGAUAGAUGAUUUACCGUCCAUAAGAACUGUUAGUUUUCUAAAUGAGUGAACAUUACAAAGAACUUGAUGUGUAUGGUACUAAAAAUUUGUAAAUAUAUUCAUUCGUCUAAUCGAAAAUUAGUUUAUGUUAUUGUAGUAUAUAAAUGUAUGACUGAAACUAUAAAUUAUUAUUUUUAAUAUGUGUACAUUAAAGAAUUUUCCUCCUCCAUACCAGUGGAUGCAUAUUGUAUCGUGUAAAUGUAAUAGAUAUUUUUAAGGGAGAUAUUUCCAUUUUAAGUUCAGAUCUGCCUUAAAUAUACUAAAGUGUACAUAAUAUUGAGUAUAAUUUUAAAAUAAACAUAAGUUUAUUUAUUUCAUACGAAUAAUGUUUGAUGCAUAAUUACAUCUCAUCUCAUUGUAAAAAAAAAAAGUAAUUAAGAAUGUAUUAUCAAUAAAAAUAUGAUUUACAGAA